UCAACAAACAAAAAUAUUUAGAAUUUUUUAAUCUUUUGCAAAAAACGCGUAUUUUUAUUAUUAUUAUUAAGUGAAUUACUAAAGCAAUGAAUGAGUCCACCGUGUGUCGUUUGUGCCUCUUCAACAAUAAUGCCGCAUUUAAUUUGUUUGAUGCGAAAAUACAAGAAAAUCAAAUUAUUCAGAAAAUUCUUAAAUAUUUAUGUUUUGAGAUAAAGGAAGAUGAUAAUCUCCCGAAGGAUAUUUGUUUGGGGUGUAUUGAAAAAAUUGAGGCAUUUCACAAAUUUUACGAAGAGGUGGCACAAAACCAAUCAAUGCUUGCCUAUGCUCAAACUCAGGGUAGCCCAGUUAUAAUAACAUCAGCAUCUCCAGCAAUACUGGAUUCCAGUCAAAAAUCCAUCACAAUGGCCCAUCAUCAGUUGCAGGAAUUCAUAAAGCUCGAGGACAUCAAUGCCGGUCAAAUUGAUUUGCAAAGUUUAAACAAUGCCAUUGCUUCCAGUGGAUCAGUUCCCACCACAUUGGCUGUUAUAAGUUCCGUCACAUUCAACAACGGCACAGCCACGACAAAUUAUACGAUUCAGGAAGUACCACACAACACUCUUCCCAUCAUCACAACAAGCACGGAUGCUGUUGCAUCAACAACAAAACCCCCACCAAUUGUGGAAGAGUAUCAUGCAGAAGUUGAGCAGGUACUGCAAAACAAUCAACAAGAUUCGGAAGUAAUAGAGAAUCAAAAACAUCCAAAAGCUACGUUGCAGUUGCCAACGCGUAUCCGGAAGAAGAAGGUGAAAGAUAAAAUGGAGAGUCCCAUUGAUGAUUGCUCGGAUAACUUUGCAAAAGAAUUAGCGGAUGAAAAUGAACUUGCAGAUAAAAUGGAUUUAUCUUUGGACAACACUCCACACUUGGAGGAGAGAGAAAAUAAUGAAUCUAAAAGGGACUUUCUGGAGAAUAUUGAAUUUCCUGAUUUCCCCAAGAGAAUCAUUCAAGAUAGCAAACUUCUUAUUAGAGGAAAACCCCUCAUCUCCCUCAUGUCUAAAUUCUAUAGAUUAGAAUGCGAUCUUUGUACCGAUGGAAGCAAGAGUGGAAAGAAAGGAUUUAAGAAAUUAUCUGUCCUCUGCAAUCACUACACAGAAUUUCACAAUAUAAAAGGAUACGUUAUCUGUUGUGGAGUUAAGUUGAUAAAACCUCGAGCAAUGGCCAUGCACAUGGCAAGGCAUCUUCAGCCAGAGGCUUUUAGAUGUCCUGAAUGCAGUAAAAUGAUGACAUGCCCGAAGAUUUUGCAGUAUCACAUACAAAAUCACCUGCCAGAGGAGAAAAGGCCCCUUGCCUGUCCAGAUUGUCCGAGGAGAUUUAGUUAUAGUAGUGCUCUCGUUGCCCAUGCCAUUUCACAUCAACCGGAAAGCCAGAGAGCAGCACAUGUGUGCGAUGAAUGCGGGAAAACAUUCUCAUCUCCUGGACGCCUGUCAACUCACAUCAAUGUGGCUCAUACGAAGCAAGGUGUUAGCUUCGUUUGCCAUGUGUGUGCCAAGCAAUUUGCCUGCAAGGGGAAUCUCACAUAUCACCUGACAACCCACCAACCUCGUGUCCAUCAAGUUCAGUGUCAACAGUGUGGGAAGUGGCUGAAGAAUAAACUUUGUCUGCGGAAGCACAUGGUGCAGCAUUCAAUGGUGCGCUUCAAAUGCGAUCUCUGUGAAUAUUCAGCACUCAAUCGACAGUGCCUGAGGAACCACGUACGGGUUCAGCAUACAGAUCUCAAGCCCUACUGCUGCUCCCAGUGCGGGAGGGCAUUCAAAUUGAAAAAUACCCUCCUGAAUCAUAUGGUUCAGCAUACGGGAUUAAAGAAAUUCUCAUGUCAGUUCUGCAGCCGGACAUUUGCUUCUUCCGGAAACUACUACAGUCACCGGAAACGCAUGCAUCCUCAGGAGCUUGCAGCAUACAAUAAGAAACGCGAAGAGGAAGAAAGCGUGCUCAGGGCUAAAGCUCUUGCCGGAAAAUUAUCGUAACAACGUUCACAGCAUUUUUCUUUUUUUUUACAACUCCGGACUACGCUUUGAUGUAAGUUAAGAUUUUUGCUGCCAGAACUUUUUGUCUAACUCUUUAAUCGAAUAUUAAAGAAUCUAUAUCGUCAUUGUUCCAAUACUAUGACAAAUUAUUUUAAAACAUACUCUGAAAUUGACCACAAAAACUGCAGCAGAGUCUCCUGGCCAAUGAAUUCUUGAAGUUUUUCGUGGCAAAUAUCAUUCCGUCUUUAAUUUUGUAUUGUUUUUUUUUUAACUAAAAACCAGAAAAUAAAGUUCUCAAUGCAAUUUAAA